CAAAAGCCCCGAAAUUGCCAAAGUGAGGCCCAAGAAUAUGAACGUCGUACCGUUGGCGGUGAAGCUCAACUAAGGCAGACAGACACAGCAUCGUCUGCACCCUCCCAGUCACUGCACCUGGCAAUGGCAGACUCAACACCAUCAUCCUCGACCACCAAGAUGGCCGUCGAUGAUACUGCUCACACUCAAGUGGCUACUCCAAUCACAAGCGCCGAUGCACAAGCUUCCACCUCGACGUCCAACAGCGCAACUCUUCCCGCACAGACGGCGCCUUUGCCCUCACCUCCUACCGCCGUCGCUGAAACUGGCAAAGCUCAGACCAAUGGCUCCACGCAGCAAUCGCAGUUGAAACGGAAGAUGGUAGAUGAGGCAGAGGAGGAAGAGGACACUUCACAACGUCCAAAGCUCGCUGCUGAUGGUCCCGGUCCUUCGCGUGCAGCUCAGAUGAAGCAGCGAAGGAGGGAGAGCAAAUACAUCAAGGCAGGUGAUCUGGUCAUCAUAUUCAUCUCUCGCGAUCGUCCCUUCUCGCCGCUGACAGUAACGCCGGACCAAGUCUUCACAAACGCCUUUGGCUCUUUCCCCCACAACAACAUCAUCGGUCGACCCUUUGGCUCUCAAAUCCGUUCAGAGAACAACAAGGGUUUCCUCACUCUGCUCCGACCCUCUCCAGAGCUGUGGACUCUCAGCCUACCGCAUCGGACGCAGAUCCUGUAUGGACCCGAUAUGAGCUUCAUUAGUAUGAAGAUGGGCCUCGGCCCGGGUGGCAGGAUUGUCGAGGCCGGCACGGGGAGCGGAAGCUUCACCCAUUUCCUAGCGAGGUGUGUUGGGCUGCCAGAGGGAGGUCACGGAGAGGGUAGCGAGACCAUGGGGAGGGAGUGGAAGGGACAGGAAGGAUGGGGCGUCAGCGCCGGUAGGGGCAGAGGCGUCCAGACUCGUCCACCAAAGGAGAAGAGUGAGAGUGCCGAAGGGACUCCGGGACCUACGGCACCUUUCAAGGAUACAGCGGCUACAACGCCGGCUGAAGGGGAGACCGGUGCGUCCAGCACGUCGAAUCGCGUUCAGCACUUCAAGUCACUGGCUUCGCCUACGCCAGAUCAUGACGGAGAGCUGUCUCCCAACAACGGCAAAGUCUGGACUUUCGAAUUCCACGCCUCGAGGGCUGCCAUGGCCCGCAGAGAAUUCGUAGACCACGCCCUCACCCCACUCGUCUCCGCAUCGCACCGCAACGUCUGUCUCAACGGCUUUCCCUCUUCCCUAGACGGCCUCGCAGACGCCGUCUUCCUCGAUUUGCCCGCGCCCUGGGAAGCGAUCCUUUUUGCCCCCUCGGUUCUCAAUCCGAAGACUCAAGGCGUCAUCUGCUGCUUCUCCCCUUGUAUCGAGCAGGUCCUGCGUACGGUCAAAGCACUUGGCGAAGCUGGAUUCAGGGACGUGGAGACCUUUGAGUCCUUGGUGCGGACGCACGAGAGUAUCAAGAGCGGCUUUGCCGGUGCUGGAAGUGCUGGAGGACUCUAUGAAAUGCCACUGAAGGAAAUUGGAGAGGUGAAGGAGAUGUUGAGGGAUAGAGUCAGGAAAAGGGAGAAGAUGAGUGAGAAUCAGAGGAGGAAGGCGAGGGAGAAGAAGGAGGGAGGGAAGGUGGAGGGAGAGGGAGAGGGUGAGGGUGGCGAUGAUGAAGCCGAGGCCGAGCAGGAAGAGGAGGAGAAGAAGACAGGUGAAGAGAAGGACAAAGUCGAGAACGGCGUCGAAGAGGAGAAGCCGCAAGAGAAUGGCGAUCGCACCUCGCCUGCACCGAUUUCAGCAAGCACCGAGGCCGAAUCGGCAGACCCAGCAUCAGCAUCAGCAUCAGCACCAGCAACAGCAUCAGCAUCAACAGAAGGUCCCGCACCAGCCCCUCUCACCACCCCUACCUCUACAAGCACUUCCCGCCCAGCGCCCAAGCUCAGCUUCCCCGCCCCUGCCCCUUCCACCCACCCUCUCCCCUCGCACUUUGGUGGAGGUAAAGAGUACAAGCAACAAGUUGUGCGGAGCAACACCUAUUCGCGCUUGCAUGCGAGCAUGAGAGGUCAUACGAGCUACUUGACGUUUGGAAGGUUGCCGCCGAGGGCUUGAGAGAGAGGAGAGUGGGACAAAGGGGAUGAGAGGGUGGAUGGCUCUCUUGUAAUAUUACAAAGUGAUGACAGACAGAUAGACAUUGCACUCGCAGCGAGUAUAGAGCAGGUCUGAAGAGUGGCGAUACUCACUUCUGUAUCGCAUUGCAUCGCUCUGCAUUGCAUUGCCACCAGCUCACACAACGCUGCUAAUCCUGAGCUCCUGUCGGUUGGUAGCGCCCCCGCUCAAUACACC